AUGAAGCUCCCUUCUUUUCUCGUCGGAACCGGAUUGUUCUGUAUUGCCAAGUCAGCUGUAACACCCCAUGCCAUCCAUGAAAGACGAGAUACCUCUUCAUCUGAAUGGCUCAAGAUAGACGACAAGGCUGAUGGCAAUGCUCCAUUCCGUCUCUCGAUUGCAUUGGCGCAGCGAAAUCUCGAAUCUGCCUCAGAGUAUUUGAUGAGCAUUUCUGACCCCAAAAGUGCUGACUAUGGAAAGCAUUGGACAGCUCAACAAGUGGCCGAUACUUUUGCUCCAUCCGACGUCGAUGUCAAUGCUGUGAAAUCUUGGCUUACGGCAAAUGGCAUUGGCUCGGAGAAAAUCAAUGUGUCCAAGGCGCGAAACUGGAUGCGCCUAAAUGUUACCGUCUCGGAAGCUGCAGCUCUGUUGAAGACGGACUAUGCAGUAUUCGAACACCAAAACACGAAGAAACGAGCUCUUGCCUGCGACCAGUAUAGUCUUCCACGUGAGAUCAAGAGCCUUGUAGACUUUAUCACUCCGACUGUGCACUUUCCUGAAGUGGGGUCGCUCUACGAAAGAGAUCUAGUUGAUGGAAACUUGAUUUCUUCAAUGGCCAAGUUUGACGGCCCUGUCAAUAUGACUACCAGUCCAGCCUUCUCACACUGGGACACCUCGUAUUGCAGCAACUACUCUACUCCUGCGUGCAUUCAAGCACUUUACAAUAUGCCUAAUGGUACAAAGAAAGCGUACGUCCAUUUCCCUUGUUCGUACCUUGCGAACGACCUGGCGCAAUACUUUCAGCGGCUCGGGCCACAGAUUCCUCCCGCUACAACUCCCUCUGUUCAAUUAAUCAACGAGGAUAGUUAUUUGAACUCGUCCGAUUAUUUGGUUGUACCAGAGGCACUUAUGGAUCUAUCCCUAUCUAUGUCACUCGUGUACCCUCAGCAGGUGACUAUGAUCAAUUCAGCUGCGUCCGAGUAUCAGUAUGGGACAGUGAAAGAUGAAUACGAUUACGUCCUGGAGGCAUACGAUGCCAGUUACUGCGAUAUCAUGGGAGACAAAUAUCAAGAAUUGACGAGAACCAGCACGAUCGAUUCCAUGGGUGCGUGUGGCGUUAGCAAAGCACCUUCAGUCAUCAGCGUGUCUUAUAAUGGCAAUGAGAAGCCCUACCAACAGGUUCAACAGAGUCGUCAAUGCACAGAAUCCCUUAAGCUCGGAUUGCAGGGAGUUACAGUUCUCUAUGCAGCUGGAGACUACGGAGUUGCAGGAACUCGAGGGAACUGUUGCGUGACUGCUGGCUGUGCAGACAAGAACAGCUCAAAAACAGCUCCUUCAUUUCAGCCCAGCUAUCCUGCGUCAUGCCCCUGGAUUACAUCUGUUGGAGCAACCCAAAUCCAAAGCAGCAGCAGCUCUUCGAGUAAAAUCGGGGAAGUCGUGGCGUACGAACCAAAAUCUGCUACUGUUGAGGAAUGGUCUAGUGGUGGAGGGUUCAGCAACAUGUUUGCUCGUCCUGACUAUCAGAAAACUGCUUUGGGCUAUUACUUUGACCACUUCAGCCCAAACUACACCGCAGUACAGUACAACAACACUAAGAGCACGAGAGGAUAUCCGGACAUCUCGGCCAACGGCGUCAAUACUCUUAUUGUGCUGAAAAACAAAUACUACAGGACCGGAGGCACCUCAGCUGCUACUCCAAUCGUAGGAAGCAUUAUCAGUCUCAUCAACGAGGAGCGUCUCAAAGUUAACAAGACAGUUGUUGGGUUCAUCAAUCCCGUCAUCUAUGCCAAUCCUGGUGCGUUCAAUGAUAUUGUUCAGGGCAACAAUCCAGGCUGUGGGACGAAGGGAUUUCAAGCUGUUCCUGGAUGGGACCCUGUCACGGGUCUGGGGACUCCUGAUUAUCAGAAGCUACUUAAGGUCUUCAUGGCUCUACCGUAAAAGAUGCUUGCCGAUUUGCAAUGGGUAGAAGAGCUGGUGGAAAUGUCUAAUCGCACAGACUUGAACCCAGACCUCUAGAGUGGCCAUUAUAGAG